AUGUGGGACUCACGAACCAUCAGUCAGUGCUCAACUGUGUCAUCAAAUCCAAACCAGCCAGGCUACAGGUUUGCCGACCCCCUCUGGAACAAGAACAACAUGAACGUAUCCCUGCUCAUCGCCAGCACCAAGGUGGCAAACGAGGGAGACUACACUGUCGAAGUUAUGACAGACAGUGGGAACGCCGAGGGUAGAACAAAGCUCCAAGUGACAGCCAAAUACAAUAACCCAAGCAUCAGCCUCAUCAAAGAGAGCGAUACUCCAAAUUCAGACAAAGCUCUGGUUUGUAAGGCUCAGGGUGGCUACCCAGCAGGUCGACUUGGUUGGUUCGAUGAAACCAAAACUGAGUGGACGAAAAGCGCCAAAUUAGAGGUGAAGAAGAUGGACACUGGUCUGUUUGAGCUCACAAGCAAGCUGCCUUUGCUGACAGGAUCCACUUUCUCCAUGUACAUCUGUGCCGUGUACAACUCCAGUGAAGGCAAAGAGUGUGAGUCCUCAUUUGCACUGGCAGUGAGAGAUGACGGCGAACAUGGGGCUGGCUCUUCCAGAAUCAUUGCUCCUGUUGUGGUCAUCGGAUCGCUGAUUGUGGGGUUGCUGCUCGCGCUG